AUGACCCCAUCUGCCCAGUGCGACGGAGACACGGUGCAAUGCUCCGCCUGCCGGCUGCGUAACCAAAGCUGUGAGUAUUCGCAGACGGGCCAUAACCGCAAGCCGCCGAGCAAAAACUACGUGCGGGCUCUAGAAGCUCGUAUCCAGUCUUUGGAGCAGGAGCUGGCCGCCGCCCGGCGCGAAAGCCGCAAUGCAGAUGCGCAGCCUGCGGGGACGAGCCGGUGCAGAUCAGGUGGCACUAGCAUGGCACGCGCCUCGGAUCUCGACGUGGAUGUCAUCACGGACACGUUGGGGAGCUUCAACAUCGGUGACGGUGGCAGCAUCUGCUACCUAGGCUCCCGGAGCAAUUUGAACCUGCUUCGUUGCGGCAUGCCGCAUCGCGCGAGCUCCUCGCCAGAGACGGGCCGUCGUUUUCAUCACCACCAUCAUCACCGCGAUGCCCAGCACCCGUCAAUUCUUGACGGCGUAUCCGAGGAGCUCCAGACUCAUCUGUUGGACCUGUUCUGGACAUGGCAGAACUCGUGGCAGCGACUUGUUGCUCGAGACGCCUUCCUACUGUCGUCCUCAACGAACGAAUUCUCCUCUCCUUCGCUGGUCUGCGCCAUGUACGCCAUCGCAUCGCGGUACUCUGAUAGGCUCGAGCUCAGGACGGACCCGAGCGAUCCCAACACAGCCGGGAAUGCCUUCGCGGCCGAGGCUAAGCAGAUGUUGCUACAUGAAUGUGAUACACCCACCAUGACCACCGUCCAAGCUACCGCUAUCCUGAGUCUGUACGGAGCGGCAGUAGAUAAGGAGGCUUCUGGCUGGAUGUACUGCGGUAUGGCUAUCAGAAUGGCAAUCAGCCUCGGUCUACAUCUGGACUGUUCUCGCUGCGUCAAUGACGGGGAGAUGACGGCCGAAGAGGCCGAGGUCCGCAGUGUGACGUGGUGGGGGUGUUAUGUCCUCGACAAGUUGUGGACCGUUGGGUUGGGCAGGCCGUCGAUGAUACGAGAUCGAGACGUGACGGCAAAGAUGCCGUCCAAAGACUCUUCAGAAGAAACUCUUCCUUGCCCCCAGUCUUUUGCAGCAAAUCCGGCCAAACCGGCGUCCCGUGGCCUGGAUACCGUCAGCUGCACCAUCUACACGUGCGAGCUUUUCACAGCGUCGGCAGAGCUGCUUGACUCCAUUUACGCCCCAUCCGGCAAGACAGAGAACCAAACAGCCAUCGUGUCAGACGGCAACCUUCGACUGGUGGCCUUCUACAACAGCCUGCCCACCUCGCUCAAACUGACCAGAUCCCCUCACGACGUCUUCCCCCCGAACGUGUAUAUGCUGCAGUACGUACAUGUCCACAACCCCCCCGCUCCCCGCUCUCAACCAACGCUCAAGAACUCCCCCCUUUCCAGCAUGCAGUACCACACCACGAUGAUCCUCCUCCACCGCCCCUUCCUCACCUCCUUCCGCGCCGCCAACGGCCAACUCGGCGGCCUGCGCGACGGCAGCAUCCACGCCACCAUGUGCCGCAACUCGGCCGACUGGAUCGUCGCCAUCUUCCGCUGGUACCGAGGGCACUACACGCUGCGCAAAAUCCCCGUCUCGGCCGUCCACUGCGCCUUCACCGCCGCCGUCAUCUUCCUCGCCGCCGCCACCGCCGACGCCGCCGACGUCCGCGCCCGCGCCGCCCUCGCCCUCCGCGCCCUCUGCCGCGCCCUCGACGAGAUGCGCGCCGCGUGGAACUGGAGCGCCAGGGCGCUGCGCGCCGUCCGCAGCAUCGCCCGCGUGUGGGACGUCGAGCUGUCCGUGUCGUCGGUGCAACAGCCGCCGCCGCCCCGGGAGAUGGGCGGAUCAGAGAGUGCGGCGAUGUCGACGACGGCGACGGCGACGGCGACGUCCAUCCGGGAUCAUCAUGGGAAAAGGCCGGUGCAGCCAGUGCCGCCGCGGGGUGGGGCUGGCUGGGGUGGCGGGCCGUCGUCUGCGGGGGGUGGUGGUGGUGGUGUGGCUGGAGAGGGUUUUUUUGCGGAGGAGGAGGAGGGCGACCCGCCGCCUCCGGUGGAUAUGCUGCUUUUCGAUCAGCCGUUUGUCGAUUUCGAUCUUGAGGCGCGGCUGCCCAUGUGGGAUUCGUCGGCGCUGUUUCCGUUUGAUGAGGCUGGGGAGCAUCGGGAUAUUUGGCAGGGGUUUUGUUGA